ACCAUAAUCCGUAUAUUCUCGGCAGAGUGGACGAUCAUGCAGUGGUAAUUGCUUAUCUACUAUGGAGAUUUAAAGAUACCAAUUCAGUCGCCACCACGGUUACUAAGAUGCAAUCGACAUUUCCAUGCCUUCAGCUUGUGUUGCUCGUUGGCAUUGACAAUUAGCCACGAUACCUCCUACCUUGACCAGCUUCCUUGGAUAUGGCGGAAGUACGUAAUAUUAUGGGACGAGGAUGGUUAUUGAACGGCACCAGCUCCCUUUUACACUUACUUUAUUCCUCGCUUGAGUUUGGCAGAACAGAUACCGCCAUGUUCAAUCUCACUCUUGAUUCAUCAGGUAUAAUCGAGCCAGACGCUCUACAUACCACUUCUUCGACGAUGCAAGUCUUGCUGAGCCCCGAUAACCUAACUCUUCAUUUAUACCACUCGUUGCAAGGCCAGCAAAAUGACUUGCUAGUAUCUGCAAGUCAACUCAGAGAUCGAAUUGAGCAGUUAUUCGACGUCGCCAAGGUGACAGAGAAAAGAAGCAGCAAACUGAGGGAUAUGACACGAAAAAUCCUCGAAGGUUGGGACUCCAAAGACCUGGCAACUUUUACGGAUCCUGUGCAGCCUCGAUUCUGUAAGCUGGGAACUAUGAGCAAGAGUUGGGUCGGCUUCACCAGAGUCAUAUGUGCGGUGGCCUUAUUCGGCAAAGGAUUCGGGGAAUUACGUUCCCAAUUGGCCAAGGAAGAGCAUUGUGAACUUGCUCAAGUCAUUCUACACACAAAGAUGGUGAGGCGAUGUCUAAGAGAUGUAGAGCCUACGAAGGGUGAGCACGGUGAGGUUCCUUCCUCUUCCGAAGAUUCCGACUCGGAUGACUUUCAUGACUCUGGACUUGGGCUGAGCAUCAAUUCUAGUUCGACCAAUGAAGAGCCGACUGAUACUCUGGCUUACAAGGACUAUGAAAUAGGUACACUCUGUGCCGUCCGUGCUCUAUUCGAUGAUGAACAUCGCAGCAUGAAUCCGGUCGAAAAAUAUCCUAUUGUCUAUUUUCUUAGCCCCAUGAGUGGAUACUAUGUUGUCGUUGCUGGCCUUCCUGUCAAUGAUUAUAGUGAUAACUCCGGUACACACGUCGCAUCUCACAUGAUUAGAACGUUUCCAGGAAUCAAAUUCUGCCUCUUGCAUAUUCAGAACGGCAGGUUCGAAAUGACUUCAGUCAUCACUGAGAUAAAAUCUGAACCUCCGAUGUCAAUUUCGAACGAAGUUCGCAAAGAUGUGGAGAUGAUUGCCUCAAGGUAUGAGGGGUACGCCCAUCCUGGGAUUGAGACAGACAGUCUUUUUGAGUCUCAUACUGUCCACAAGAGAGGUGAAGUGAUUUGUGUAAAAUGCGCUGGCAGCCCAAAGGAGAGAAAGGAUCGGCCAUCUCUUGAUCCACACGUUUUUUAUGGCUUGGUUGCCUCUGGAAACAAAGUUAUGAAAGAUGCAAGACUUCGAGAUUGCCUUGCACAACAAGAUUAUAUACUCUGUUUUGAAAUGGAACCAGCAGAAGUUAUAAAAAGCACUGACUGUCUUAUCAUCAGAGGGAUUUGUGAUUAUGCCCACUCUCAUAAGAACGAAGAGUGGCAAGAAUAUGCGUUUGCAACGGCCGCUGCAUAUGCUAAUUAUUUUCUUUCUCGGUGCCCAGGCGAUACCUGUAGACAAAGAAACUUUUACUAA